AUGGCUUCGAAUGGUACCCAAGAGGCGUUCUCGCCGUCCGAUGUUUUGACUGCCGUCAGGACAAUGAGAACUGGGGAGAAGGAGACCAAAACAAAGGCCCAUGAGUAUCUGGAGAGAUUCCAGAAGUCGAAGGAUUCAUGGGCUACCACUAUGGGAAUCCUCCAAUCCACUGCAGGGCCGGAGGCCACCCUUUUUGCUGCCAUAACACUUCGUGGAAAGAUCACGUAUGACCUUACAACCCAGGUACCACAGAGCGAACUACCGGCUCUGCGAAGCCGAAUUCUACUUCUGUUGAAGCACUUUGCUGCCGGUCCGAAGCCCAUUCGUGUUCAGCUCUGUGUUUGUCUGGCUAUUCUUGCGAUACAAAUGAAGGGUUGGAACGACGUACUUUCAUCUGUGGUCCAGGCCCUCGAUGACAGCCCCGAGAGCCACGCAUGCAUUCUAGACUUCUUGAGAAUUUUACCCGAAGAAGUGACCGAAGGUCGAAAAAUUACCCUGUCUGAAGAAGAGCUUGCAGCACGGACGCAGGUCUUAUUGGGAGACAACGUAGAUCAAGUGGUACAACUCCUGAUAAGCUACUCACAAUCAUCACGUAUGCCUCCAACAACUCCACGGAAGGCAAAAGACUUCAAAGUUGAUACUAAUCAUUGGAUUCAAAAUCUAGCGGCUGCAUCGCGCAACCCUCAGCUUAUAGAGUGUAUCACUUCCUGGUUGAGAGAAGUUCCUGUCAUGAACAUUAUCAAUUCGCCACUCCUGGACCACAUCUUUGCUGGUGUUUCGAGCGACACAAGUAGUGCCGAGGCAGCAGAGUGUCUUUGCACCAUGCUUCGAGAAACCCGCGAUAUUGAUGAGAGCCAGGAUGCCGUCCAUGCAUUGUACCCUCGAAUCGUGGCACUCAAGCCACACAUCCAAAAGGCCGCUGAAGAGGACGAUAUGGACCAGCUCAAAGCACUGACCAAAGUUUUUUCCACGGCGGCCAUUAGCUGGGUGGUUGGUGUUGCUCGCGAACCAUCUCAUUUCAGACCGUUGGUGGAGGCUGUUCUGGAAUGCGCUGCUCGAGACCAGGAACUUGACGUUGUCGAGCACACCUUCCAGUUUUGGUACGAAUUAAAGCAGUACCUGGUUCUGGAGCGGUACAUUCAGGGCAGGUUGGAACUCGUCGAUGUUUUUUCCAGGCUUGUUGACAUACUGCUCCGCCAUCUAGAGUAUCCUCAGCCUGAGUCUGGAAACGAGAGCGACCUUUUCGACGGCGAUCGCGAGCAGGAAGAAAAGUUCCGAGAAUUCCGUCAUCGAAUGGGAGACACUUUGAAAGACUGCUGCGAGGUCAUGGGGGAAACUGAGUGUCUUACCAAGGCUCUUAAUGCUAUUCAGCUGUGGACACAAAAGUAUGCUGGUCAGGUCAAUGGCUCCAGCGUCCCCCACUGGCAAGAGCUCGAGGCUCCUCUUUUCGCGAUGAGAGCUCUUGGUCGAAUGGUUCAUCAGGACGAGAGUAUCGUGCUCCCCCAGCUCAUGCCGCUGCUGGUUCAGAUCCCUAGCCACGAAAGGCUUCGCUUCGCAACAAUCAUGGUUUUGGGGCGAUACACUGAGUGGACUGCAGCUCACACAGAGUAUUUGGAGCCGCAAUUCAACUAUAUUGUGGAGUCUUUCCAGACCGACUCGAGAGAAAUCCUCAGAGCCGCUGCUCUGUCCCUCAAGUUCUUCUGCACUGACUGCGGACAUCUCUUGAGUGGGCAGGUAUUGCAGCUCCAAACAUUCUACGACCAAGUUCUGGACAAGCUGCCUGAUCUUAGCAAGGAGGAAAUAACUGAGGGUGUUGCCAACGUAGUCGCCGUUCAGCCUGUUGGUGAAACAUACAGGCUGCUGAAAACCUAUGCCGACCCCCUUGUGCAGAGGUUGAUGGCCAAGGCCAACAACGCAUCCAACGAAGAAGGCAAACUAGCCCUGGCUGAUCACCUUCAACUCAUAACCAUCUUUGUCAAGAAUGUUGUCCCCUACGUGGCUCCCGGAGAAGAGAACCCCGCGGUCAAGUAUUGGCAGGAAAUCUUUCCUAUACUGUCCACUGUUUUGGACAAUUUUCUUGACUUUAGUCCCAUCUGCGAACGCAUUUGUCGAUGCUGGCGAAGCAUGGUGACGUCUCAUCGAACUGCCAUGGCCCCCCUACUCCCCGAAAUGGCCAACAAACUUGCCAGCAGCUUCAACACAUCCAGAGAAGGUUGCUUCCUGUGGGUUACAUCCGCGAUUUUAAGGGAGUUCUCGGAAGACCGUGAGCAUCUGGACCAGGCCACCACAGAAAACAUCUACACCUUCUUUGAGGCUCAAACUACAGCUUUCCUUAGAGUGAUGGCAGAUUUGCAGCCUAAAGAUUUGCCAGAUGUCAUUGACGAUUUCUUCCGGCUUCUAAUCGACGCCCUUUUGUACUACCCUCAGAAGUUGAUCCCAUCACAGCUGCUGGGGCCAAUUUUCCAAGCUUCGGUCUACGCAUUGACUUUGGAGCAACGGGAUCCGCUUUCGUCGACCCUGCACUUUCUCCGCGAUUUGCUGUCAUAUGGCGGCGACAACCCGGCUAGUAGCGAGGGUCUUCCAGUGGCACAGGCCGCGGAAAUCCGUGGAAUUAUCAAGAAUCUGCUGAUGGCACACGGUGCCGACCUCGUCAAACAAACCAUGGCUGGCAUGAUGAUCACGUUUCCCAGCGACUGCUUUGCGGAUGGAAGCGGUGUCAUACUGGCCCUGCUCGAGAUGAUGCCAGCACAGACAACCGAGUGGAUUGCGCACACGAUUGAGCUUCUUCCUCAGGGGACUGUGUCGGCACCGGAAGCACAUCGAUUCGUGACCAAGGUCAAGGAAAAGUUGUCAUCCGGGGAUGUGAGCGGGCUCAGACAUGUGCGGACUUUGCUACAAGACUUUACCGCUAACUACCGUCGUCGCAAUGUCGCUCCCAGAGACGGACUGGGCCAGCUCGAAGCUGCCAGAUUUCAGUUCUCUGGCUAA